GUUAACGUGGGUUGGUUGGCUCCUGUGCCCCGUCCUGUUAUCCCGAAGGCAUUGCCAGCGUGUGGAGCCUGCGCCACACCCACAUCCUGCCAAAUCACGGCCUUUACCUGCGUGUUCCAGUGUUUCCCCUGCGACCCGUCGUGUAGGAGGACCUCCUGGGCCACCUCCGAGUUCACGCAACAUUCGGUGGCCCCAAUGGUGAAGAUGACCCGGUCGAAGACAUUCCAAGCGUACCUGCCUUCGUGCCAUCGCACGUACAGCUGCAUCCACUGCAGGGCUCACCUGGCCAAUCACGACGAACUAAUUUCAAAGUCUUUCCAGGGAAGUCAAGGGCGAGCCUAUCUCUUCAAUUCAGUAGUCAACGUGGGCUGCGGUCCGGCGGAGGAGCGAAUUCUGCUAACGGGACUCCAUGCGGUGGCUGAUAUUUACUGUGAAAAUUGCAAAACCACACUGGGUUGGAAAUAUGAACACGCCUUUGAGAGCAGUCAGAAAUAUAAAGAAGGCAAAUACAUCAUCGAAUUAGCUCACAUGAUCAAAGAUAACGGCUGGGAUUGA